CCUCCCGUCGCAUAUCUCCACCGAGCGCAUCUCGUCGCGGCUUCACGCCGCAUCUCGCUGCGGCUCUCCCCCGAGGUCACCACCGCCGGAGCUAUCUCCCCCAGCUCGCCGCCACAAUUAUCACCGUCGAGCCCAACGAUCUCUCCUCCGAGCUGGCCAGAUCGUCCUAACUCGGCUGCUAGCCAAUGCCAACAACAGUAGUUCAGCCGACGCCGGAGCUGGGCGCUGAAGUUCAGGAUUUGCUGGCGCUGGGGGCAUCGGAAGAAUACGCCCAAAAUGGCCCGCCGCUUUCUCCUUCGUAGCCUCAGCUACUCCUCCUCCGCCGCCGAAGACGUGGUCGUCUCCUCCAUCCGCCUCCUCUCCGCCACGAACCAUAACAAAUCACCUUCCCUUCAAUCCGUUAACCCCAAUCCCGAUCCAGGAGCAGCUCUUCCUCCUCCUCCUCCUACCACCACCCUCCUUCUGCCUCCGGCGGACCGCCUCCGCGGGGUCUUCCUCCAGAAGGCCCCUGGCCGCGCAGCCCUCCACCGAGCCCUCUCUUCCACGGGCCUUGACGCCGCCGCCGCCCUCUCCCCGGAGGUUCUCUCCGAUGUUGUCAACCAUGGCAACCUCAGCGCUGCCGCCAUUAUCGACCUCUUCGACUGGGCCAUCUCCAACGCCGAGCUGCCCCCUUCCCUCCAUACCUGCAACAUUGUCAUCAGGGCUUUGGGCAGGAGGAAAUUCUUCGCCUUCAUCGAGGGUGCCCUGGAGAUCAUGGGGAGAAGGGGCAUCGUCCCGGACCUAAUCACACUGGGAAUCAUCAUCGAUAGCCUAGUCGCCGCCAGGCAGGUCAGCAAGGCCGUCCAACUGCUCGAGAGCCACCAUUUUGGAAUCCGGGUCGAGCAAACUUGCGGCAGAAAGGAGGCCUUCUCUGUUCUCGUUAACUGCCUCUGCCGGAGGUCACAUGUCGGUGUCGCAAGCUCGCUCGUACAAGCUGCUCGUGGAGAUCUUCCUGUUCUUGACAAACAUGUGUACAAUGACGUGAUGGGUGGUUGGGCGAGGUUUGGGAAGGUUGAUAAGCUGGAGCAUUUCUGGGCGAUGAUGCUGGAGGACGGGCUAGUGCCGGACGAGGUUUCGCAUUGCCAUCUCAUCGAGGCGUUGGGGAGAGCAGGGCGGGCUGAGGAGGCACUCAGGGUGUUUGAGAAAAUGGUGCAAGAGGGAUACGGUCCAACUACGAUGGCCUACAGUGCACUCGUUUCCAAUUUUAUCUCACUGGGGGAUUUGGACAGGUGCAUGGAGUAUUACAAGGAUAUGGUGGACAAGAAUUGUCCCCCAAAUAGUGAUACAUACUGCAAUUUGAUUAGAGCCCUUUUGAGAGCGCGCAGGGUGGCUGAUGCACUUCAAAUGUUUGAUGACAUGUUGGCUCAAGGAGUUCUGCCAAAUACUGGGGUCAUUACGUCGUUCAUUGAGCCACUUUGUACAUUUGGGCCCCCUCAUGCUGCUUUGAUGAUCUACAAAAAGAGCAGGAAGGCUGGUUGUACAAUAUCCUUGAAAGCAUACAAGCUUCUGCUUGAAAGGCUUGCCAGGUUUGGGAAAAGUGGGGUGGUGUUGAAGAUUUGGGAGGAGAUGCAAGAGUGUGGGUACCCAUCUGACAAAGAAAUUUAUGAGUUCAUUGUAGAUGGACUUUGCAAUGUGGGUAAGGUUGAUGCUGCUGUUUCUGUGGUGGAGGAAUCACUUAGGAAAGGCUUCUGUCUAGGGAGAGUUGUUUAUAGCAAACUCAACAAUAGGCUGUUGGAGAUGGACAAAGUGGAGACUGCAUACAAUCUGUUGAAGAAAAUCAAACGUGGACGCACACUUGCUAACUCACGCAACUACUGCCGUGCUAAUGGUUGGCACCUGUGAACACACUUGGUCGGCACACAACUAAUUAGGUUUGCUGGAAAAAGCAGUUCCAUAUGUGUUAAAAGUGCAA